AUGUUGGCAGAAGAUGCUACUAGACUUCAAAAAAUCGAUGAGUUGUAUGCGUUGCGGCUUGACCAAUAUUUAUCGCUUCCCCAGCUUGUUGUUGUUGGUGAUCAGUCAAGUGGUAAGAGCUCUGUUCUCGAGGGUUUGACGUGCCUUCCAUUUCCACGAGACUCUGGCCUAUGUACUCGAUUCCCAACACAGAUUGUUUUCAAGCGUUCAAAGAUAGAGCGAAGGGAAGUUAGUAUCUUGGCUGCCCAUGGCCAAGAGCAAUCUAAGACAGACGCUAUCGCGAACUUUGGCAAGAUUCAGUUAACAAGCUUUGAUGAACACUCCUUCUCGGAUUUGUUAGCCAAGGCAUCUGAAUGUAUGGGACUUCCCUACCCUGGAAAGCAACGGGAUAAUAACAUGGACUCUUUCUCUCAUAAUAUCCUCAAGAUCGAGCUCUCGGGUCCAGAGUAUGAAAACUUUAGUGUUGUUGACCUUCCAGGUCUUUUUAGAAAACCAACUCCAGGUCAGACAAGCAAAGAGGAUAUGGCCCUUGUUCGAGAAAUAGUCGCGAGAUAUAUGAAGAAUCCUCGGAGCAUUAUCUUAGCAGUUGUUCCCGCAAAUAUAGAUAUCGCAACGCAGGAGAUAAUUCAGAUGGCUGAAGAUGCUGAUCCUGAGGGUCGAAGGACUCUAGGAGUCUUCACAAAGCCAGAUCUAGUAGAUCGAGGCGCAGAGGAGAAGGUCGUAGAGCUUGUGAUUAAUCAAUCUAGUAGCGCACGUUUUGAACUUGGCUACACCAUCGUGUGUAAUCGAAGCCAGAGCGAUCUUGGUAUAACCAAUGAUGAGCGUAACGCUCGUGAAGCCAUGUUCUUCAAGCGUGAGCCCUGGGACGUGAUUCCAGAAGAGCGAGCAGGUGUGAAAUCUUUAAAAAAUCGGCUAAACAAUCUCUUGGUCGACGUCACGAGACACAACUUCCAAGCCGUGGCUGAAGACGUAAGGAUUAAGAUUCGUGAAUUGGGAGAAAAACUGGAUGCCAUGGGCCCGCGUCGCGAUACACCCAAUGAUCAACGUAACCAUCUGAUUAGGAUUACCACUGACGUCCGGGAAAUAACAUCCAAGGCUAUUGACGCUCACUAUGGUCGCGAUCGAUGUUUUGAUGAUGAUACUUUUCGGUUGGCCACAAAUGUGAUGACAAUGAACAAAGCUUUCUCCGAUUUGAUUUGGCUGAGGGGUUGUACAAGGAAGCUUAAUUCCGCAUCCAGCGAAACUGAGAUAAGUGUUACCGCUAGAGAAGAUAGCGAACUUGAGCCUCAGACAGAGAAUCCUCUAGACAAUCUUGAUGCACCGACAGCUAGCAACAACCGCUGCACAAACAUCGAAUUUCUUCAAACUUAUCCUGAGCUAAAGGUUUUUAUAAGCCCAUUCAUCUCAAUACCUUCUACGCCCAAACAAGGUAUUAUGGAAUGGAUAACGGAAAAAUACGAAAAGUCUAGGGGCUUCGAAAUAGGAACUUUGAAUCCCUCCUUACUUCCAUCCCUGUUUUUGGAGCAAUCUCAGAACUGGGAAUAUUUUGCCCAUGAGCAUUUAAAGAAUGUGAUCCGAACAAUUCAUCGUUUUAACCACGAAGCACUUCGAUAUUGUUGCAAAGAUGAUACAUUAAGCAAGAAAUUAUGGGCUAUGUUAUCUCAACUGUUGCUUCCACGAUAUAAGAGGGCACUAGAUCAUGUCAAGUUUCUGAUUGAGGUUGAGCAACAGGGAAAUCUGCUCACGAUGAAUCAUUAUUUCGCGGAUAACUUGCGUAAGGCUCGUGAAGACCGGAUCAAGAAACAGUUGGUUAAUCUACAGUCCUGGACAACAAACGACUCACAAAAACAGCCUUUACUUCGUCUUGAAGAUACUAUUUCGACAUUUAUGAGUAAUGAGGGUCAGACGACACAGGACUUGCACGAUAUACUGGAGGCAUACUACAAAGUGUCUCGAAAACGAUUUGUGGACGCAAUUUGCCUUCAAGCUGUGGAUCACUUCCUCAUUAGUAGUAAACAGGGGCCUCUUUGGUUAUUUUCACCGCAACUGAUAGGCAACAUGACAGACUCUGAACUCAGAAAGAUUGCGGGUGAAAGUGAUCAAACUAUUGUACGCAGAGCACGACUUACCGAGGAAAUUGCGAACUUAAAUGCCGGUCAAAAAAUUCUUGAAUAG